AUGAAUGAUACGGGGGCACCGCGCACAUUUGUUCCGAAGACUUUCUACGAGAAGCAUUUAUCACAGUAUCCGCUAACGGCUUGUAAGAUCCCAUAUAGAACUUACGGUGGAAAUGAAAUUAAUAUAAUUGGUGAGUGUUUAGCAAGUAUUACUUAUGAGGACACCAGCAAACGUAUAACAGUUGUAGUGACCGAUGCAAACGCACCACCUUUAUUAGGUAGAAAUUUUCUACGUGCAUUUAAAUUUUUGCUAGUGCAAAUGGAUCAAAAUCAUGAGAACCUUGUUCACUCGAUUCGAUCUCCAGAGAAUCGAAGUUUGUCCGUAAUUGUAGGCCAAAUUAAAAGUCAAUUUUCAGAACUUUUCGAUGGCCAAUUGGGCGAAUAUAAUGUUUGUGAAAUUUCAUUGCAAAUUGAUAGUCAAGCCAAGCCGGUAUUUUGUAAGCCACGACCAAUUCCAAUUGCUUGGAAGUCUGAAAUUGAACAAAAUCUGAGAGAUUUAGUUGUAAACGGCGUUCUUGAACAAAUUGAAACUGCGAAGUGGGGAACACCGUUAGUUCCCGUUCCUAAACCAGAUGGCAAAUUACGUGUUUGUGGUGACUACAAAACUACAAUUAACAAGUUUCUUGUUGAUGUUAAAUACCCAUUGCCUCUGAUCGAGGAAAUCUUCACAUCGUUACAAGGUGGAGAAUUAUUUAGUAAAUUAGACAUGAGUGCUGCCUAUAAUCAAUUGUGUUUGGAUGAAGCAUCAUCUCUAUUGUGUGCUUGGAGUACUCAUAUUGGUACAUUUAAAAUAAAAAGAUUACCUUUUGGCGUAAAGCCGGCAGCUGCUAUUUUUCAAAUGCACAUGGAAAAUUUACUAAGGGGUAUCAAUGGCGUAGUUGUAUAUCAAGAUGAUAUCACAGUCACUGGAAGAGAUUUCAAAGACCAUCUCUUUAAUUUAAAAUCGGUUUUAAAAAAAAUGGCCGAUGCUGGUUUGAGAUUGAAUGCAGUUAAAUGCAUUUUCUUUCAAAAACAAAUUUCUUAUCUUGGUUUUACCAUUGAUAAAAAUGGUCUGCAUAAGAACAGAGAAAGAUUUGCGUCUAUUUUGGAUGCACCUAUUCCUAAAGAUAUUCAUGAAUUGAGAGCAUUUAUUGGCAUGGCUAAUUACUACUCACGCUUCAUAAAAGAUUUUUCAAAUAAAAUGAAUCCGUUGUACAUUUUGCUUCGGAAAGACGUUCAAUUCAUAUGGAACACAGAUUGUGAAAAGGCAUACGAUUUAAUAAAACAUGACAUUUCGUCAGAGCAAGUGAUGACUCAUUUCAAUCCAAAACUUCCAAUCGUUCUAACUACUGAUGCAUGCAAACAUUCUGUGGCAGGAGUCUUAUCGCACCGGUUUCCGGAUGGGCUCAAACCCGUUGCUUUCAUUUCGAGAUCCUUAUCCAAAAGUGAAUUGAAUUACUCCGUCAUUGAAAAAGAAGCAUUAGUCACUAAAUUGAAACAAUAUUUAUUGGGAAACUUUUUCACCAUCUCAACAGAUCAUAAACCCCUAUUAUCUAUUUUUGGUGAAACACACGGUUUACCUUUGAUGGCCGCAGCUCGCAUGCAGCGCUGGGCCCUGAUAUUGAGUGGUUUCAAUUAUGAAAUUAAAUAUGUAAAGGGCAUCGAUAAUGAGGCUGACAGUUUAUCACGUUUACCUCAGCUAUCGUACAUUGAAAAAUAUAAUGAUGCAAACUAUAUAGAUUUGAUUGAAAAAGAUAAUGCUUUUCGAAUAAAUUUUAAAAAUAUUGCCAUUGAAACGAGACGCGACCCCAUUCUCAGUAAACUUUUGGAAGCUAUCGAAAGCACCACUAUUGACAAAUUGGAUUCCAAUUUUGAUGUGUUCAAAAGCAAAUCACUUGAACUUACCGUCCAAUAUGGAUGCAUCAUGUGGGGGUUUCGAACGGUGGUGCCAACAAAACUUCGGCAAUAUAUUCUUAAUGAAUUACAUGCAUCCCAUAUGGGAGUAGUCAAAACCAAAUCAUUGGCAAGAUCAUACGUAUGGUGGCCAAAAAUUGAUUCUGAAAUUGAAAAUUUAAUAAAAAAAUGUGUUCCGUGUCAACAAUUGCAGGCAAGUCCACCCAAAGCCGAGCUAAUACCAUGGGUACCAACAGACUCAGUUUGGAGUCGAAUUCAUAUCGACUUUGCUGGACCAAAGCUUAACCAUUAUUUUUUAAUCGUGGUAGAUUCACACACGAAAUGGGCUGAAGUUUUUAAAACAAAAAUAAUCACAUCUGCCUUUACUAUUGGUAAAUUGCGCGAGUUGUUUAGUCGCUAUGGAAUUCCAGACAAAAUUGUUAGCGACAAUGGAACUCAAUUCAAGUCUGCCGAAUUCAAUGACUUUACCACACGUAACAAUAUUGAACACAUUUUCACUUCCCCAGGUCAUGCCGCAACAAAUGGCCAGGCUGAGAAUUUUGUAAAAACGUUCAAAAAGUCAUUCAUUGCUAGUGUAAACAGUGCAAAGUCAAUGAAUUCAUCGCAUAAUAUAGACACGAUUAUAAAUCGAAUUUUGCUCGAUUAUCGUAACACAAUCCACUGUACAACAAAUGAAACGCCAGCGAAAUUAUUUUUUGGACGCACUUUGCGUACACGCUUCAGUAAUUUGCGACCACCAACCGUUAGUGAGGUAGUUGAAAGCAAGCAAAACAAACAAAUAAAAUAUUUCAAAGGCAAACGAAAUGUAACUUUUAAUAAAGGUCAAAAAGUUAUGAUUAGAAAUUACAAAGAUCCUAACAAUGCAUCAUGGUUGCCAGCAAAGAUUAAACAAAAAAUGGGUCCACGUACGUAUACUUGUGUCUACACACACAACAAUAAAGAAAUAAAUCGUCAUUUGGAUCAAAUUCGUGAUCAAUCUAUUGAUACAGAUAAACCUCUAUAUGAAGAUGUUAAGGCAAAUGCGACUGUGAUCAGUGUUUCUGAUGAGAGUUCAGGUAAUGAAUUGCAAUCGUCACCGUCAUCUAGCAACGAUUCUAAGGCUAAUGAUCCGGACUGGAUUCCAAAUGCAACUCGAAGCACUUCGGAUUCGGGCCAUCAUGAAAGACAAAGAAAAUUGCGCUCGUACAGAAAUCGUAAAGUUAGUUGA